GAAAGUUAUGAUAAAUGAACAAAUUGAGAUUUAGGGUUUUACUCCAUUGUGUGAGAAGCGGCAAAGCCAUACAACACUUAAACGACCCCUACGCUGCAGUGUGCAGAGUGAGUGAGGAAGAAAGAAAGCAAAGCAAAUGGAUUCAUUCUCAAGUCCUUCGCCUGGAUCGUCGCAGCAAAUGUCGGCGCAAGACCUCAAGAAACAGCUCCAGAGCCAGCUCGCCUUGGAAUAUGCUCAGCAAUUUCUCGAGACAGUGAGAGGAAAGUGUUUUGAGAAGUGCAUCACAAAACCAGGCUCAAGUCUCAGCGGGAGCGAAAGCAGUUGCAUCUCUAGGUGUGUCGACCGAUACAUCGAGGCCACUGGCAUAAUUAGCAAGGCGUUAUUUGGAGGGUCACAACAUUGACGCCACAACCAUUAGUAGAGGUCACCAUGAAAUUUGCAUCUACAUUGUUGAAUCUUUAAGUUGCUCAACUUGAACUAGUUAGUGGCGUUGGAGAAUAUUUGCUUGGUGUUUUUCUCCUUGAUACCAAGACGAUUAUGUGCUUAUUUUUUUGGUUAUCCAAAUAGCUGAGAUUAACGGUUAUUUUCAACAGUUUCAUACUUGUUUUUUUCUUAUAUCAUUUAACUUUACAAGUCUUUUAAUAAGAAGAUACAUCAUUGAAAUGAA